ACAGACAGUUGUUUGAUCUGGGUAACUGUAUGAAAGGUGAGGCGGACUCUGUGAACUUUACUAUCUACGAGAGCAAGGUGUGUGUUUACUUUUCUGCGUCAGUGGCCGUCUCUGGACGCAGGAGUGCUGUUUACUCUCUGUGCUUGAAGUAAGCGGUGACUGUGGUGUCAGGAGGGGCCCUGGCUGGAUCUUGUCUGGAGGAUUUCCGCCCUGCCGUGGACAGUGUGUUACAGGUCCUGUGGCUGUCUCAGACGACACUGCUACCUUGAUCCCGAGUGCAUGCGCCGCGUGCCCUGUGCGUCCUGUUUCAUUGUGCUUCCAUAAGAGCAGCGGUGGACCACAACACCCCCAGCUGAAGUCAUCUGAUAGGCAGGCAGUGGUACACAAGGAGACCUUGACAAAGUCUGUCCUGCUGCCUGGUGACAAGACGACAGUGUGAGCAGCUAUGGCACCUGCUGUGGGAGGGCCCGUGGGAUACACACCCCCCGAAGGAGGGUGGGGCUGGGCCGUGGUGGCGGGGGCCUUCAUCUCCAUCGGCUUCUCCUACGCCUUCCCCAAGUCCAUCACCGUCUUCUUCAAGGAGAUCGAGGUCAUCUUCAACGCCACCAGCAGCCAGGUGUCCUGGAUAUCCUCUAUCAUGCUGGCCGUCAUGUACGGCGGAGGACCGGUCAGCAGUAUCUUGGUGAAUAAGUAUGGGAGCCGUCCAGUCAUGAUUGUCGGGGGCUGCCUGUCUGGCUGUGGAUUAAUUGCCGCUUCCUUCUGCAACACCGUAGAGGAACUGUACUUCUGUGUGGGAGUGAUAGGAGGUUUGGGACUGGCCUUCAACCUCAACCCCGCCCUCACCAUGAUUGGCAAGUACUUCUACAAAAAGCGGCCAGUCGCCAAUGGCAUUGCUAUGGCGGGCAGCCCCGUCUUCUUGUCGACACUGGCGCCCCUCAACAGCUGGUUCUUUGAUCAGUUUGGCUGGAGAGGCAGCUUCCUCAUCCUGGGGGGGCUUCUACUGAACUGCUGUGUUGCUGGGUCACUAAUGCGACCCAUCGGGCCUAAACCACAGCCCGCCAAGGUGGAGGAGACCAAAGUGGCCCUGGAGGAGUCCCUGCCAAAGGGCAGAGGCAAAGAGAAGAAAACUCUUCUUCAGAAGAUCAACAGCUUCAUCGACCUCACCCUCUUCACCCAUCGCGGCUUCCUCCUCUACCUCCUGGGCAACGUGAUCAUGUUCUUCGGCCUCUUCACUCCGCUGGUCUUCCUCAGCAACUAUGCCAAGAGCAAGGACAUCGCCAAGGAGAAGGCCGCUUUCCUGCUCUCCAUCUUGGCUUUCGUGGACAUGGUGGCCCGCCCCUCCAUGGGCCUGGUGGCCAACUUGCCAUGGGUGCGGCCCCGGGUGCAGUACUUUUUCGCUGUGUCCAUCUUGUUCAACGGGGUUUGUCACGUACUCGCACCGCUGUCGGUGGACUACACUGGCUUCAUCAUCUAUGCCAUUUUCUUUGGCUUCGCCUUCGGAUGGCUCAGCUCUGUGCUCUUCGAGACUCUCAUGGACCUGGUGGGCACCCAGAGGUUCUCCAGUGCGGUGGGCCUAGUGACCAUCGUGGAGUGCGGGCCGGUGCUGCUGGGCCCCCCCAUGCUGGGCAGGUUCAAAGACAUCUACCACGAUUACAAGUACACCUACAUGGCUUGCGGUAUCAUCCUGAUUGUAGGCAGUAUCUUCCUUUUUGUGGGGAUGGGCAUCAACUACCGGCUGCUGGACAAGGAAAAGAAGGAGGAGGAAAGGAGGGCCAAGCUGGAGGCCAGUGAGGCAGAGUCCAACAUGGACAAUGCAGCCAAGGAAAGGGAGGCUAACAGUGACGUGACCACCCCUCUGAGAGCAGACGACGACUCGAAAACCGCUGAAGAUGCCGUUUAGUGGGGCCCUCCUGCCCUGUUUAGGGCCACUCCCUUGUGGGCAUUCAGUGUGGGAGACCCGCGAUCAAAA